AAAGUGUUUCUCCAGCCUCUGUCCAGUUGGGUGGCUGUGCCCGGGACCUGGGUUGGCAACUGUUCCUUAAGAGAGAGCAGUGGGCAGGGUCUGUGGCAGGCACUGAGAAGACGCCUCCAACUGCUGCUGGUCCUUUAGUGUCCCCCCCGCCGAGCAAGGAGGGAUCCUAAAUCACCUCCCUCGUCUUUUCUUCCUGGAUGGAACUGGAAGAUCAUCAGGGCGUGUGUGUACACCGGCAUUCAGAAGACAGAGGGAUGGGCUCUGACUUUGAGAACUCUGAGGACAGGGAAGGGGACCCGGAAGAAAGAGGGAUGGGCUCCAACCCACAGGAUGCGGAAGAAAGAAGCCGUCCGGAGCAGGAGACAGGCUUCCCCCCGCGGCGGGACACUCAGAGGGGGGACUUGCAGGACAAGGAAGCAGUGCCCGACAUCUGCGCGGUGGGACUGCUGAAUGCGGACGGCGGGGCGGCCCCGCGCGACGGAGGAGAGGACGAGCAGCCCGGUGCGGCCGACAUGGAGAUGUACGCGGGGCUCUCCGACUCGGACAGCUUACCCCGGAGCCCUAGAGAAGAGGAGGAAGAGGAGGAGGAAGAGGAGCAGCCGCCUCCUCCGGUUCUUCCCUGGCGGCGCCACCUCUCCCUAGGGGGUCGGCACCGGGGUGACACGCCCGCCCGCCGCCGUUUCCACCGGCUCCAUCACCCGGUGGUGGACCUCGGGGAACUCGACAGCCUGGUGGCCAGCAUCAUGGACGCACCCAUCAUCUGCCCGGACUGCGGCGAGAGCUUCAGCCCGGGCUCGGCUUUCCUGCAGCACCAGCGCAUGCAUCGCUUAGCCGAGGCUGCUGCAGCGGCGGCGGCGGCGGCGGCGGCCGGGAUGACCGACUCGGACGUGGGCGCGUCGGGAGCCUUCGGGGCGGGUGCGUCGCCGGCCCGAGCGGGCGGCGGGGAGAAGCCGUUCCGCUGCGGCGAAUGCGGCAAGGGCUUCAGCCGCAACACGUACCUGAGCAACCACCUGCGCGUGCACACGGGCGAGCGGCGCCACGAGUGCGCCGACUGCGGCAAGAGCUUCAGCUGGAGGGCCGACCUGCUCAAGCACCGGCGCCUGCACACGGGCGAGAAGCCGUACCCGUGCCCGGAGUGCGGAGAGGCCUUCAGUCUCAGCUCGCACCUGCUCAGCCACCGCAGGGCGCACGCGGCGGCGGCGGCGGCGGUGCAGGGGGACGGCGCGGAGGCGGCGGCGGCGGCGGCGGCUUUGGCGCUGCGCCCGUUCGCGUGCGCCGCGUGCGGCAAGGGCUUCGCGCGGCGCUCGCACCUCGCCAACCACCAGCGCGUGCACACGGGCGAGAAGCCGCACGGCUGCGGCGACUGCGGCAAGCGCUUCAGCUGGCGCUCGGACCUGGUCAAGCACCAGCGCGUGCACACGGGCGAGAAGCCCUACAUGUGCUCCGAGUGCGGCGAGGCGUUCAGCGUCAGCUCGCACCUGUUCACGCACAAGCGCACGCACUCGGGCGAGCGGCCCUACGUGUGCCGCGAGUGCGGCAAGGGCUUCGGCCGCAACUCGCACCUCGUCAACCACCUGCGCGUGCACACCGGCGAGAAGCCCUUCGCCUGCGGCCAGUGCGCCAAGCGCUUCGGCGACUUCUCCACGCUCACGCAGCACCAGCGCACGCACACCGGCGAGAAGCCCUACGCGUGCGCCGAGUGCGGCAAGAGCUUCAUCCAGAGCUCGCACCUCAUCCGCCACCGGCGCAUCCACACCGGCAACAAGCCGCACAAGUGCGCGCGCUGCGGCAAGGGCUUCCGCUACAAGACGCACCUGGCGCAGCACCAGAAGCUGCGCCUGUGCUAG